AUGGCCGCCCAAUCAACACUACGCUCACGGGAGGAUCCCCUCGCCACGCUAUAUCACUACUACCUCAACUUGUUUCGUUCUCGGUUUAAGCGUUCAUCGAAAACAACCAAGCUGAUCGCUACCGUUGCGCUACUGUUCUCGAUCAUAGCAACCGGAUAUGGAGGGUACAAACGACUACGGCAGAGAGCGAAGGAACGCGCCCAGGGCAGACGGUUGUUACGACGAAACUCUGGAAUUAGAGGAAAGGAUGGGUCUCGCACCAUAUACGUGCCUUACAAAGACUCUCUGACAUCCAAAGUUACUAUCCACCCAACGAAACCUACGACAUUUGAUGCGCACCGGAGGCUAUUCUUAAACCCCCCAGCUUCAGCUCGUGCUGGAGAUGGCGAACCAAACCAGAUCCCUCCACCGACAACUAAGCCGGGCCUGAACCUCGCUUUCCUUCACCAAUUUCUUAGUCUUGGGAGCAUCAUGGUCCCUAGAUGGGGUAGUAAGGAGACCGGUCUUCUCAUGGGUCAUGGCGUCUUUUUACUGCUACGAACGUACUUAUCGCUGCUAAUUGCAAGGUUAGAUGGCGAGAUCGUGAGAGAUCUCGUUGCAGGGAAAGGCCGAGCGUUCAUGUGGGGUAUUGUCAAAUGGUGUGGCAUUGGCACACUUGCUUCGUAUACGAAUGCCAUGAUAAAGUUCCUGCAGUCGAAGGUGUCCAUCGCAUUUCGAACGAGACUCACCAGGUACAUUCACGAUCUGUACCUUACCGGUGAUGACAACUAUUAUAAGUUGAUGAAUCUGGACGGUGGCAUCGGUCAGGGUGCGGACCAGUUCAUCACGCAGGAUCUCACACUCUUCUGCUCUGCAGCUGCAGCUCUGUAUUCCUCCAUGGGGAAACCACUGGUAGAUUUAUUUGUCUUUAACUAUCAACUGUACCGCUCUCUGGGGCCUCUGGCCCUUAGCGGAAUCCUCACGGGCUAUUUCAGCACUGCAAUUGUUCUGCGCAAACUGUCACCUCCGUUCGGUAAGCUCAAGGCUGUUGAGGGCAAAAAGGAAGGAGACUUCAGAGGGCUUCACUCUAGAUUACUUGCGAACGCCGAGGAGAUAUCGUUCUAUGGGGGAGCUGACAUUGAGCGAGUCUUUUUGACGAGAAGCUUCAAGGAUCUUCAGCGCUGGUUGGAGGGCAUUUACAGCCUGAAGAUUCGCUAUAAUAUGCUCGAGGAUGUUAUCUUGAAGUAUUCUUGGUCUGCCUUCGGCUAUUUGAUUACAUCUUUGCCUGUAUUUCUCCCUGCAUGGGGUGGCCUAGGUGGCGCCCUGGAGUUAGCCGAUACACCUGAAACGGUCGGAAGAGAGCGGGGCCGUAUGAAGGAGUUCAUCACGAACAAACGGCUGAUGCUGUCACUGGCAGAUGCCGGUGGCCGAAUGAUGUACAGUAUCAAGGAUAUUUCGGAACUGGCUGGUUACACCUCGCGUGUCUACACACUGAUUUCGACACUCCAUAGGGUUCAUGCAGACGCAUAUUACCCUCCACGCGGCUCCCAUGCGGAGUUGUACUCUCUAGCAGAUGCUCAGGGUACCAUCCACAAUGGCUUUGAUGGAGUGCGUCUUGAACAUGUUCCAAUCGUGGCACCAUCUCUAUAUCCUCAUGGUGGCGAUGAGCUUCUUGAGUCACUGUCAUUCGUCGUGCAUUCUGGAGAUCACCUUCUUAUCUCUGGACCGAACGGAGUUGGCAAAUCUGCUAUUGCUCGUAUAAUAGCAGGUCUAUGGCCGGUUUAUCGUGGAUUAGUCAGUCGGCCAAGGGGGUUUGGACUGGAUGGAAUCAUGUUCCUUCCCCAACGACCCUACCUCAGUGUGGGUACGCUGCGUGACCAAGUCAUCUACCCCCACACGGAGGUCGACAUGCGCGAGGGAGGUAUAUCGGACGCAAGUCUCCAAAAGAUUUUGGAUGAUGCCCACUUAGGCUACCUCCCUACCCGCGAGGGAGGAUGGGAUUCUCGGAAGGAGUGGAAGGAUGUUCUGAGUGGUGGUGAGAAGCAAAGAAUGGCUAUGGCACGUCUAUACUACCAUGAGCCCCGUUACGCCUUCCUCGAUGAAGGGACAUCUGCUGUCUCCUCGGACAAGUAUCACACGUACAACCUCACCCUUGGCCUGGGCUCCGAAGGCGAACAGUGGGAGUUUGAGCGGAUUGGCACCGCCAAGGAGAAGAUGAAUGUUGAGAAGGAGCUGCAAGAACUCCGUAAGCGGCUGGAUAAGGUUGAUGAAUGGAAACAACGCCGAGAGGAGAUCGAGAGCGAACUACGUAAGGUUUGGGUUGAGGAGGGAGAGCUGGCUCCACCACCAUAUACGGAAGAGCCGGAGACAGCUGAAAGCCAAGAGGUCGAGGAAUCUUCGAACUAA